AUGAAACAUUACACAAAUCUGUGGAUCCUAACAACAGCAUGCUUCCUACCAUUAGCCACCACGUUGACAACUCUUCUACCUCAACAUGAUGUAUUACACAAAUCGUCUGGUCUUAUAAUGAAGUACCUGUCGGAGUAUAAACCAGCAAACGAAGUAAUAUCCAUCACAAUAUCUAUACCGGUGGUGAGUGAUAUGUGUUAUAUCAUACCAUGGAAAGCUAUGAAAAAAAUUCCACUGUGCAACACAAUCACAAGACAAGAAAAAAAUGAAAAUGGACGAAAGAAGACAGCAUCACAUAACUGGCAACAAACGUGCUUAUUCGAGAUAUUAACAGACUCAAACUUAACAUUAUGUCGUACUGAACUUGAAUUAGAACCUAUCUUUAUACAAAGAUUCGGUCAACAAUGGGCGAUAUCGACAAGAAAUGAAACAAAGUGUCACCGUGUUACGCAGCUGGAACAAGAAGAGCAUGCGAUGACAACAAACAAUGAAAUAACCAUUCCACCUAUCGCACUAUUGACCAUUGAUAGAUCAACAACAUGGAGCUGUGAUCAUUUUUUACUACCUGGUAUAGCGAAUGAUACGAAUAAACUUAUUCAUAUUAUCGACAACAAGAAAUUGAAUUACGAUGAUUCAAAACUGAUUAAUUUAUAUCAAACGAUGAACAAUAAUACCCAAUGGAAAAAGAUACCAUAUAUACCAGGAAAUAUACAAAACAUGAUCGAAUAUUUAAUAACGACAACACCAGUAUUCACAUCGACAGCAACACCAUGGUAUCAACAUGGACUAGCCGUAGCAGUGGGACUACUUGGCAUAAUCGUAACUACUUCAAUCAUCUUGUACGUCAAACUAAUACGUAAAGUGAAAAAAAAAACAUCAACAGCUGGAAUGAUUACGAUGCCGUCGAUUUGA